GAUAGGGAGGGGAGCACUGGCAAUCCCAGGCUGCUACUCCUACUGCUCCAUGACCGAGGCUCCACACUCUGGUCUCCCUCUGGUCCUCCUUAGUCCUGCUGUGUUGCUGCUCUGGGGUUGACUGGGCCCCUCUGUCCUCCCAUCCCACCCCAGAGCUGGUGGCUGUUUUGGGAAGGGUCUCAUCAUGUCAGAUGUGGGUGUGCUGCAGUAGCCCCACCCCCUGUGUCUCCGUCUGAGUGGGACAGCCCAGGAGAAGAAGCGGGAAGCAGUGUUUAAAUGCGUUUCUGAGACAACAUCAACAGUCAGCAGCAUCACAGCUGAGUGGAGUACAACACAGAGCAGAGAGCUGUCCUGUCCUGUCCUGCAGCUAACAUGUGGAGGGAGCCGGGCUACUCCUCCUCUUCCUCACACACCCCUCAACCAAGGACCAGGAAGCCUUUCUACCAUGGGACUCAUAGCAGCCAUAACCAGAAGAGCACGUCGUUCCGACACCCCGUGACUGGACAGAUAUCUCCAGAAAACACUGAAUAUAUGCUCCACGACAAGACAGAGUCCCGGGGCAUGUCCAAGCCACCGCCACCGGUCAGUCAGAGGCCCCCCAGCAUGGUCAGCCAGACUUCCAAGGCUGUGACCUCAUCAACAGUGGAUGUCACCUCAGGGUCAAAGCCGCAGGGCUCUAGGAGUAGUGGCAAGGUACACAGCUUCGGCAAGAGGGACCAAGCCAUCAAGAGGAACCCCAAUAUCCCUGUGGUGGUCAGGGGAUGGCUCUACAAACAGGACGGCUCUGGAAUGAGACUGUGGAAGAGGAAGUGGUUUGUCUUGUCCGACUACUGCUUGUUUUAUUACAAAGACAGCAGAGAGGAGACGGUUUUGGGGAGCAUCCCCCUGCCCAGUUAUGUCAUCGCCCCUGUGGAGCCUGAUGACCACAUCAGCCGCAAGUAUGCCUUCAAGGCGAGCCACACAGGAAUGCGCUCCUACAUUUACAAUAAGAACUCUGUGAUUGGCUCACAGGCAGAGCACGGUGGGAUGAGGACGUACUUCUUCAGUGCCGACACGCAGGAGGACAUGAAUGGUUGGAUCCGAGCCAUGAACCAGGCUGCUCUCAUGCAGAGUCAAGGCAUGAAGAGAGAGGCAGUCACAGAGAGACCAGAAAUGUCAGUGCAGCAGGCAGUACCACAGACCAACCACGUUAACAACAACAACACCAGUAAGAGCCCCUCCCAGUCGCGUUCAGGAAGCCUCCAGCGGCCCGAGAGAGAGGAGCCUCCGGAGGGGGAGAUCCGACUGAGCCAGGGGGACGAGGAGAGGUACGUGUUGGAGGCUCCUAGAAAGCUCAGCCAUCCAGCCACGGAGGUAGAGGUAGAGGUGGACAGGCUCUCCCCAGACACUCUCCCUGGCCCCUCACACCCCAGGAAUGGCCAGGCCCACACAGUCCUCGCCACGCUGCCCCCUGAGCAGAAUGGGAGCGUCGUGUAUAAGAGGGGCUUUGUCCCACGGACAGCCACAGAGAAGCAGGUGCAGAGGAAGACUGCUCUGGCUCAGGUGGAGCACUGGGUCAAAGUACAGAAGGGAGAUCCCAAGAGCAACACAUCUACUACUGAGUACGCCCUCCCCCUCCCUCGGCGGACCCCUCCCCUGCAGCCUAAGGCCGUGGUAGUAGAGGCCUACCAGACAUUGCCAAAGACCCCCAGACUCCCGUCUGGCGGGAGCUCCCCUUCGGCGCCCCGCAAUCUGCCCAGCGACUACAAAUACGCCCACGACCGGCUCAGCCACUUCCGCAUGUCCACCGAUGAGCGCAUGGCCACCAAGGAGGGCAUGGUAUGGCAGCUGUAUGAGUGGCAGCAGCGCCAGCAGUUCCGCCAUGGCAGCCCCACGGCACCCAUCUACACCGGGCCAGAGUUCCUGGACACGGCCUCCUUCAGGGUCACUGUAGAGAUGCCUCGCUCCAUCUCUGUGCCCCCUUCCCCCUGUGAAGUCCCCCCAUCUGUACCCACCUUCAAACCACUGUCCCCCCACAGGCCACACACCCCCUCAGACAGGGUGACGGUCAGGCCGCUGGAUGAGGUGCCACCUGGGGAGUCCCCCACCGGCUCCAGUUCUCCUAGACGGGUGUUUUCUCAGCUCUCUAAGACUAGUCAGCUGGAGAGACGGUCAAUGCCAGCCAUGGGCUACAUCACACACACAGUCAGCGCACCAAGCUUGCAUGGGAAAACGCCGGAGGAGCUGACCCUGCUGCUCAUUCAGCUCAGGAGUCACCAGGCCAAGAUGGCUGGUGUCCACGGCGAAGCCCUCCACCACCUACAUCAAAACGGCCUCCUAGGCCCCAGCCUGCAGGCAGAUGAUACUUACAUGCAACUGAAGAAGGACCUGGAUUAUCUCGAUCUGAAGAUCAAAAGUAUUGACCCGUUGAUCGUUAUGGUACACAAUGUGUUAGAAAACACCCCUCCAGGUUUUGGGUCCAGUUGGAAUGUUACAGGGCGUGAAACUCUAAAAGACAGACCAUCGAGACCUGUUAAGAUAGCAGAGAGCGAUGUUGAUGUGAAGUUAAGUCGACUGUGUGAACAAGACAAGAUCCUUCAGGAGCUGGAAACAACGAUACGCACGCUCAAGGAAGACAAGGACAAGUUGGAGUCCGUGCUGGACGUGUCCCACCAGCAGAUGGAGCAGUACCGGGACCAGCCGGCCCACCAGGAGAAGAUAUCCUACCAGCAGAGACUACUGCAGGAGGACGUGGUGCACAUCAGAGCUGAGAUCUCUCAGGUGUCUACGGAGAUGGAGAAUGCGUGGAACGAGUACAGCAGCCUGGAGAGAGAUGUAGACUGGUUGAGGACAGCUCUGGAGGGCCAGAUGAACCGCAGUGGUCUCUCUCAGAAGGAGAAGUCCCAGAUCAAGAGGGAGUUGUGGAGGGUUGAAGACGUAAUAGCAGGCCUCAGCUCCAGCAAAGCCAACUACCAAGUCACCAUCUCCUCUGUGACCAACCCAGAGAGAAAACUUGUGCCUUCCGUGUCGCCAUCGUCAGUGCCUUCUCUCUCUGCCAGUCCCUCCCUGGGAGAGAUGAGACUGGCCCAGCAGCACAGCCCCCACCUCAGCCCCACAACCCCCACCUCCACCCAGCACACCACCACAGCCCUCCCCAUGUCUGUGCCAAAAUGGGCAGAUGAGGGCGCCCCUCCCCGACCACCACUACCUCAGCUAUACAGUCCUGAGGACCACGCCCCGGCCGUGCCUCCGCCGCCCAGGGAAACCAGCGUCAUCAGACACACGUCUGUACGAGGCCUCAAACGACAGUCUGACGAACGCAAGCGGGACAGGGAGAUCGGCCAAUACACCAACGAAGACAACACGGUGGAGCUGCGCACCUUCCUGAGUGAACCUGAGCUUCUGGGAAUGGGAGGGUCUGGUCACAUGAGGAUGGGGGCCUUGGGGCAUGAUGGUGGCUACCAGACCCUGCCAAGCAGAGGGCCGGCUGGCUCCUCAUCCAGGCUAAAUCAGUCCACAAACAUCUCCUCAUAUGUUACCCUCAGAAGAGGAGCCUCAGCCGCCUCAGGCCUGAAGGAGAGACCAAAGAGUGCCUUGGAGCGUCUGUACUCUGGGGAUGUGCUGCAGCAGCAGAGCAGGGGGAGGAUGAGUGCUGAGGAGCAGCUGCAGAGGAUGAAGAGGCACCAGAAGGCUCUGGUCCGCCAGCGCAAGAGGACCCUGAGUCAAGGAGAACGCCAGGCCUCUUCAUCACGAGCCUCCUCCUCAUCAUCAUCACAGCAACGCCCCCUUUCCGCAGACCUGGGCUCAUGGAGGCGAGAGCAGGAGUUUGACCUGCAGUUGCUGGAGCGGGCGGUGCAAGGGGAGGAGGCGCGGGGCGUGGUCCAGGGCGAGGAGUGUCCAGCAGAGCACAGUGAUAGACCUCGGUCCCAGUCAGACGAGUGGCUGACCCUCCGCUCUACAGCCACGUCCACACUUACCCAGGAGGCGGACCUGGAAACGCUGGACUAUGACCUGGACCUCAGCCGAGAGCUGGUCAAACCUCAGAAGGUGUUAAUCCCUGAGCGCUACAUAGACACAGAGCCUGAGGAACCUCUCAGCCCUCAGGAGGUGGAGGCUCGCCAUCGCAACAUGGAGCGCAUCAAGAACAUUCUGGCCAAGUCCAGUGUUCAGAUCCUGGCGGGGCCCUCUGUGGCGGUGGAUAAGCCAGAGGUGCUGGGUCUGGACUCAGCCCUACUGAAGCAGGAGAGGAUCAUCACCAUGUCUUACGCCCUGGCCUCAGAGGCCUCCCUCAAGAGCAAACAGGUCGCAGUAGUACCACUGCACCCUAACAUCCCCACCGUGCCCCCUCCUCCACCUCCUCCUCCACUUCCUCCUCCUCUUCCUCCUGUCUCUCAGGCACCUCCCCCUCCUCCUCCUCUAAGCAACGGAUUUCACUUCUCGUUUGUCUAAUCAGAGAAAACAAACCAAAGCGCUUUCUGGACACUGAGGUGCUGUUCCAUGAUGACAAUACAACCUGGAUUCUUGAAGAAAGAAAGACUUUGUCUGGUUGUGACAGUUACACUGUAAUACAGUAGAUGAGUGUUAGUGAACAUUUAACCUCCCCUCAGUAGCACGCAGCAGGACUUACUCGCUGAUGCAUUUUUAGUAGCUAAAAUUAAGUAACUAUUUUCUUAAGAAAAUGUAUGUCUGCCGUGAAAGCUGCUGUGCAUAUUAACUUUGGAAGUGUCUAACAGAUGUUAAUCCCAUAAUAGAAAAUGUUUUAUACACGUUAUUGCACUUUUAGCAUUAUACUGUAGAACUGAAAGUGAUAUUUUCAAGGUGAGAGAAUGUUUUGUCUUGCAGUGUGAUCUGAAUUUGGAGGGAACUUGUAUUUUUUCAAAAAAGUUAAUGAGAGUAUUCACCAACUGGAAGGUCGAUAUGAACAUGAUAAGGUACUGAACAUGUGUCAUGUUGAUUGUAUUUUUAUCAAAACUCAGAUGAUAUUCUUACACCAAAUCACUUGAAAUGUAAUUUGUGUUUGUAUUUAGCACUGCCAGUCUCUUAUUGGCUUGCCAAAUUGAUUUUAUUUUUGCUUACAACAUUGGGAGGAAAAUAACAUUGAAUAUAAUAUUUUCUGGACGGCUUGGGCAGGUUGCACAAUGAUAAUUAUUAAAAAUGUAAAUAUUAAAGAUAUUAACAUGACAUUUGCCUCAUCAAAUGUUUUGUCUUCAGACAACAGACUCAUGCAGUAGUCGUAAUAACAGUUUUAAAAUGAUAACGGUAUACUGAAGUAUUCAGAGAAUGUGAACCCCCAAAACUCUUAGGUCUUAUAGCCUAUUGUACAGUAUGGAAUUGAAAUCAUAUGUUAUCGCGUCAGUUUAAUAAUUGUACUACUCUGUGGAUGACAGUUGAAUAAUAUGGUUGACUGUGUCGGAAUCUUCAAAACCCUUUAUCUUGUGCCAGUUCUGAUAACCUUCUCUUCAUGCUGACCAAAAAGUACAAAAUGUAGCCUCAUCACAGCUCCAAGGAUUCUCUUUGAACAUCCCUAUUGAUUGCUUUGACCUGUUACAUUUCAUUCUAUUAUCUGAGAAGGGAAUCCAACUUUACAGGCUCAAACCAAAUGAGGCCAACUUUCAAUACAAAAAACAUGAAAUGUUUCUUUAGUUCAAAGCUUCUCCUUCUUAAAGGGCAUUUUCUAUUCCGUGUCUCUACAUUUUCAACUGGGAAGGUGGGUAGUAAUAGCAUUGGUGUAUCUGAUGCAUAGAAUUUAUAUCUUUAAAUCAAAGAUAUUUUACUUUGUAAAAUUAACCUCUUGAGACGAACAUGGCAUUGAACUUAUGAAUCAAAGCUGAUGGAAUUAUGAAUCUAAGCUUUUUGCAACUUACUAUUUCACAUGUUCUGUAAAUGGAAGGUCAGCUAUAUAAAAGUCAUGACUAGAA